AUGGAGCUCAAUAUGAGAUUAUAUAUACUCUUAAGCCAUUUAGGUUUGGCUUUUAUUUUAAUGUAUGCUUUUAUGAAAUAUGAUGAAUUUUAUUUAGCUGUAGUAUAUUUAUCAACAGAAAAAUUCCCAAGAACAAUAAUUUAUAAUUUUUUUUUAAUGGUGUUUAUAGUAUUAUGUAAAUUACUAUUAAACGUUUUUAUUGGAGAACUCAGAUACUUAGAAGUCGAACAGCUUAUAGAUAAUGCCAGGGCUUUUAUAAUGGAUACCAUCUUAUUUUUAGUGUUAUCUAAACCUACAAUAAAUGGAAAAGAGGUUUCUUCCAUCAUCUUAAUUAAAUAUUUAUCUAUCAUAGUUAUCCUUAAGGCAUAUCACUUGGUCUUAUAUUCUCGAGUUUCAAAUAUUUUUGAAUUGGGUGUACCUAGAACACGAGUUCUAGUUAAAUUGUUUAUUUUUAUGUGCCUACUCUCAAUUGCGAACCUUACGUUGUUCACUUACUUUUAUAAGAAUUCCUUAAAAAAUUCGACCAUGUAUUUAUGGUUAUUUUUUGAAUGCUUAAGUAUAUUUGAGUCAUGUCAAAUAUCCAUAUGUAAAUUUUUUGUUAAUGUAAUUGAUUUGAGAUCGCCAAAUGGAUUGUCUUCAAAAGCCACCAUUUUGUUUUUUCUAGAUAUCUUACAUGAUAUUAUGAGUUUGAUAAUAUUUUUAGUUUUCAUACUAGUAUUUGUUUUAAACAAUUUCAGUAACUUGCCUUUACAUAUGACUGCAGAUAUUAUACAUGUCGUAAAAACACUCAUUUCAAGAUUUAAAUCUUUUCAAAAAUAUAGAGAACUCACCAAAAAUAUUGAAACAAAAUUCGCAAAUGCAACAGAAGAAGAAUUAAAAGAAGCUGGAACUUGUAUCAUAUGUAGAGAUGAUUUAAAAGAAGGAUCCAAAAAAUUAUCAUGCUCACAUAUUUUUCAUGUAGAUUGUUUAAAAUCAUGGUUCAUACAACAACAAACGUGUCCUAUCUGUAGAACCGAAAUAAAACCAUACGCAAAGAACGAACAAAAUAAAUCAGAGAAUGAUACAACACAAAACGAAAAACAAAAUGAAAAAAUAGAACAACCUACCAUACAAGAAAUAAUUACAAAACCUAACUUUCUUAUAAGCGAUCAAUCUAUGUAUUUAAAUGACCAAAAUAUUGUAACUAAUUUAAAUGUCAAUCAGGAAUACUAUACACCCUUAAAUAAAAAUAUGAAUUCAAAGGAGCAAAUAAAAAUUUUGAUGGACAUGUGCAAUUAUUAUAGGGAACUAAGUUUGGUUUGCCUAAAAGAAAUUGAUAAAAUAAAUCAUAGUUCUGUGCCAGCAAAUGUAAUGUUAAGAAACAUAUAUGGAUCUAUAAAUUAUAAUAUAUUAAAUAAUAUGGAAGAUGAUGAGGUGCAAAAAUAUUUAAAUAAGAUUUCUCAUAUACCUCAAAUGAAAGGUUUCAAGGAAUAUAUAGAAAAAGUUUUAAUUACAGAUAUGAAAUAUACUAAAGAUAUAUAUUCAACAUUAUGA